GCUAAGUACUCUUUAUAUAAUCCAGUAAAGGCACCGUGGCGCGGCUCGAUACGAUUGUGCAACGUCGCCGGCAGGGCAGACUGCUAAGUGCUACAAAUCCUCAGUCCAGUGGCCCGCUACCUCGCGGCACACUCCUCUAACUCGGAACAAAUAUGAACUCGUAAACCUCGCAGUGAUGGAAACUGUUGCCCUAAUUUCUUCCAUCGCAAUAUUUCUCCUAAAUCAAGUUACGACCGCGCAAAUAACGGAAACAGAGUUGAAUCCAGCGCUCGAGGUAAACACGUUACCAGAAGGCUUCACAGACGCCAUUUUUGCCUUGCAAAUCCGACAGAUCCGGGCGACAUCGGAAGCGACGCCCGCGGCCUCCGCCGGAAACAAUCUAAAUGUCGUUGGCGCUAGCGUACCGGGCGCACAGCUACAGUCGGAAAAUUACCAGGCAAUUCCAACAAUUUACUCACAGCAAAACAAAAAGGCAAUAGAAAAGAAAUAUAACGAUAAAGACGAAGGAAACGUCAAUUUACAAGCCUUUGAUCGAAAUGCCGCGGCAAGAGAAAUUAAUGCAGACGGCACUAACAUUAAACCUCUGGCCUUAGUUUGGGAUAGCUGUAUGGAAACAAAUUUCAGAGAUAAUCAAAGAAUAUCGAUCCAGCCCCUAUUGGAUAUGGAGGAUGCCGAAAACGAUUCACAGUUCCAAAAGAAUAGGCAGAUUGGAAGUAUAUGGAGCGAAGGAUUGACCAAAAGAGACGCCGAUAACACAAAUAACUCAUUGGCAAUAAAGUCUUGGAUAGAAAAAUACAAGAGCUUAAGGACUAGAACAACCAAUGUGCCAUUUCGUAAAUCGGAUUCGUUGCUAAUAAGGAAAAUAGAGAAACCGACUAGUACGGAGAUUUCAUCGACUACUAUGAAAAUGAUACCUAUAACGCGGGAAUUAUUCAAUGAGCCCACAGAAACGUUUAACAUAUCAGUCGAUGUUUUAGUGACAGAAAACAACAUUAGGGCAAGUUACACUGAAGAUUGGUUCGAGCCGAAUGACAGGAGUAAGAUAAGAUUCGGGUUGCAGCCUCAGUCGGAGACAUAUUUGAUACCGGCGCUAAUGCCGGAAGAGGGGUUCUAUCCUUUCGGGUUUAUGUCACAAUUCUUCGCUAUCAUUUACCCGUUUGAAUUUCCAGUUGGUCUUGUCAAGGAUAUCGUAUGGGGAAACUUCUCAUUUCCUUACUCAUUUUUACAGUCGAUCAAAGUGGAAUCUACAUUUCUAGCAGUCAUAGUGAUAUUCUCAUGCAUAGCGUUCAUUAUACCAGCGUACAUGCUGAUACUGGCAAUACUAUCACUGUUCUCAAAAUCUGGCUGCGAUGACGAAACGGAAACUGGAGCUCUAUUUCCUGAUGAUGAAGAUUCAGAUUACAAUGGCCGAGUCUUGGUGGUGCUUACUUUAUUUUUGGCACUAUUUUGUUGCAUAUUCAUAUCAGGCAUGGCGCUGAGUAACGAGCAGGCUGCUGACGCUGCCGCUGACAGCCGGAACAUAGUGAGUUGCGCGUGCGCGGACAUAGCGACUUGGCUGGCGGCGUCGGCGCGCGAGCUACACCACGCUCUGGUGCUGCCUAUGGAUAUCGUAGUCCAUGCUUAUAGACAGGAUUUGAGAAACGUGGGCCCUCUCCUCGGGGAGCCGGUUCAACAAGCCAUCGCGUCUGAGAGCGGCAUCGACUUGGUGUUUGAUUCGUUGGCUGAUAUCAUCUCAGAGAGCGAAGAUAUCGCUACGAAAAUUGCGUCCCUGCGCGACGUCAGUAUCAGGGCCGGAGCGCUGGCUUCCACCGCAUCAGACCGAAUAAGGGACUUAACCAAACAGCUGGACAACCUGAAGAAGCACUGCACUGCCAAAGACGCUCCGCUCUGUGAUACUAUUAACACUAAUUCGUUGGAGAUACAACUAAAAUUCGACUUGAUACUCCGUGAGCAGCAGCUUCUAGAGUUGCGCACUUUAGGAGUGGAGAAUCUGACCCGUGCCAUAUCAAACGCCCGACAGGAGUUCAGAACCCUGCCACAUGCCAUAACCACGCAGACGACGCAAGUCAGGGAAGCAAUUCUUCGCGACAUAGAAGCAAAGAGACAGACAUUACAAAGCGCCGUACGGAUACUGAGCGACAUGGUGCGCCAUCUAACGGCGGGGCUCCACAGCGUCGUGAGGCAGUUUGAUUCCGCGCUCGUCAGAAUGCAAAAGUACGAGUUCUGGAGAUGGACUAUUUUGUUGGCGUGCGUGGUGACCGUAGGCUUCGUGAUGACGCUCAUGCUACUCGCCCUGAUGUGCGGUUGCAGCAACAGUAAGGAGCUUGCUAAACGAACUUUACAAAUAUCGGCUGUCUGGAUGUGCGCCGUGUCCCUUGUUUUAUGGGGCGUGAUAUCCGCCAUUUUUGUUAUUGCGGGACAUGCUGAGGUUUUUGUGUGUCGUGCUCUUUGGGACACUCCGCAAUACCAAACUUUAUCAGCACUCCUGGACCGACCCUCGCCCCUGCUUACUGAUAAAAAAGGGAUUUUCGAUGCGUUAUUCUCGGAUCUCGAGAAUAUUACUAUUGAUGUGUCCGUCAAGGAUGUCCUUAGGGAUUGUGAAAAGGACCGGCCGGCAUAUAUAGUAUUUCAAUUGGACAAAGUUUUGGACGUCAAUAAAGAGACGUCAUAUUUUGAAUGGGACCAACUGCAGAUGGACUUAGAAGGUCUGACAUCAUCAAUUGACGUCAGGUUCUUGAAAACGAUCUCUGUGAAUUUUAACAAACUGCUGAAUAGGAUUUUACAGGUGUCUGAUGUGAACUUAUCGAAAUACAGGAUGGAAUACAACGGGCCGGUUGUUGGCAAAGAUUUGCCCUCUUUAGUAGAUCAGUUAGAGAACAUUGGAGCACAAAUAUCGGACUUGACGACAGCUGGCAGAUUGGAAACUUUGGCAACAAGAACCAAACGUUUGCACAUCACGAAUAUAAAACCACUGGAACAGCUCCGAGCGGACGUUGUGUACAAACUGACGGAGCUGGAGCUUCAACUGUUGCCGUUCAGGAGGAAACUGAAUAUAUCACUCAGCCACAUCUAUACUGCGCAAUACUAUAUCGACAAUCAGGGAGAAACUAUUGCUCAUAAGAAAGUAGCAAUGUACGUAUCUCGGUUGGUAUCCCACGUGGCCGGCUGGCGAACGCAUGCACUCACAGCGGCUGGAAAGCACGCGGCGCGUUGCCGACCCCUUUUCACCGUCUACGAAGCCGCUAGGUCUUUGCUGUGUACUAGAUACAUCGGGUCUUUGCAUGGCUGGUGGUUCUGCGGUCUCCUUUUAGGUGUGACUUGGUGCACGUUCCUGACUCCAAUCAGUGUGAAGCUGUGGCGAGCCUACGGGCGGAAGAUCAGGGCCCGGGAUGCCCUAAACCUUACUACCUUAGGAUCAGGACGACAAGAGACACCGACAACGGCACUGUGCGAGGGCAGCAAUUGGAAUACACCAGGACCGCCUCCGAGAAAUGACAGCUGGUGAUGGGAUGUAAAAACUUAACCGUUCUUUCACUUAAACGUAAAACGCAGAAGCACAAUUGUAA